CACGACAACGAUUAGAAAUCUGACGUUUUCUUUUGUUUCAUUCUCAAAAGUCACCCAAGAGGGGAGAAAAAAGAAUAAUAACUGUGGAAAAAAAAAACAAGUAAACUAACAAAAAGGAGCCAACAAUAUCUAAAGUUUAAAAGCAAAAAAUGUCCACAAUCGAUUGAAAACAAGCUAAAUAAUAUUCGUUGUUCAUACACAGCUCUCUUGAAUUUCUCCCUUCAUUUAAUUUUCUUCGUAUUUCUAAUCUAAUAACUCCGUGCCUCUUUAAAGAGUCGAUGGUUUGCCUAUUUUUUGUCUGUGGUUAGAAGUUUGAAAACCGAAACAGAUUAUAGGCAAAAAAUAUAUUUAAAUAGAAAUAAAUAAAUAAAUCUGCAUUCCAAAUUGGUGUCUUAAAUUGGUUUUAAACAAAAACAAAAAAAAAAUUGUCGACAGCGGACCCUUACCUGCGUGUAACGAACACUUGUAGAAAACCUGACGUGUUGGUACACAUCUUAUUUUGUAGAGACUUGAUCAUGUUGGCCAAUAUUCUUGUCCUCGCGGGAGUGCUAAUUUUUCAUGGAACUCUCGGAGAGUUUACGGCGCAGGAUUGUAGAGAACUUGGAUUCAUCAAGGGUCAGUUAAUGUGUUCUUCUUGCGAGAAACUCGAUGACUUUGCUUUGGAAUCACUGAAGCCCCAUUGCCGCGAGUGCUGCACUCUGGAUCAAAUGCCGGCAGCAUAUCGGUACCCAAAAGCCAUUUUGGAGGUUUGUACUUGCAAAUUUAGAGCUUAUCCACAAAUACAAGCUUUUAUUAAGAGCGGCCGACCCUCUAAAUUUCCCAAUUUGACGAUUAAAUACGUUCGAGGCUUGGAUCCCAUCGUCAAACUUUUAGAUAAAGAAGGAAGGGUAAAAGAAACGCUGUCCAUUACAAAAUGGAAUACUGACACUGUGGAAGAGUUCUUCGAAACCCAUUUGGAAAGUGUAGCUAGUACCGGGGGCAAGCAGUCGUUUAGUGUGAUUGAGGAGGAGGACGAUGAUUAUCUUAAGACAAACCGUGUAUAAUGAUGAUCCGUAGAGAAUAAUAAGCUUACAUGCAAUUGUUUAAAUUAAUUGCAAUAUGAGGUUAUCAUUUAUAUUUUUCUUAGGCAAUCAUUUUGUUGUUUUUUUUUUUGACCACAAGUCGAAGAUUUUAUAUAAAUAAAUGUAUUUAUAACUCGCAA